UUUCAAUACCCUUUAAUAAAAUAGUGAAAAACAGGUAUCUCUAGGAUACUGAACUAUGGGACUACAAUGGGCAGGAUGAUACAUUUUACUUGGUUAAAUUCGCUUAAUGCUUACUCCUUCCCCAAAGGGCAGAAGUUGGCUACUAAAUAACUUAAAAAAAAAAGCUGUUAGUGGCUCUUUAUCAGCCACGAUAGGGUGCUCUGAAACCCGGUCCUGCAGACAUUCCCUUGACCCACAUUUUAUAGCUUCCUUCUCAGUCUCAAGGCCUGUAGUCUACUGUUCACACUCGAGCCUCUCGCAAAAUAUACAAGCUCAAAAGCUCAUGGCGUUCUCCCCAUCUGGCAUUCUCGGCCUUAGAAUAGCAAACGUUAGGGCACCAUUAGGUUCAUAGUUGCCAGACCCUUCAUUUUCUUUUUUAAUCUUUAAUUUUCUUCUUAACAAGGAAGACAUUCCGCAAAGAAUAAACUUCUUCUUUUGAGCUCCUUUCUCUGAAGAUGGUAACUGGAACUCUCAUUACUAAAGAACCUCGAGUUCCAGUUGCUUUGGACGGAGUUUCUCGCUUAGUAUUUUGUUCUUUGGCAGUUUGAAAAGCAGUCAUCUUCCAACUUCGCAGCUCCCUGCACUCGCGCCCACCACCCUGAUCUAUUUGGCUUCCUCCUUUUUGGAGCCACUUUAAAAGGUGCAGGGCGCUGGGCCGCUGUGGCCUCGGGCUGAGAGGCGGGGAGUUGGUGUCAGGGACCAGAAAGUUUGCACAAGCCACGGCUCUGGGCCCAGGCCCCGGGCUUCCAGAGAAGUGUGUCAUUAUUUGUUUUCUGCGAAGCCGCGAGCGGGCCCACGCUGCAGCUCUGCCUCCAGGCGUAGAACCCCUCGGUAAUCCGGCUGAAGCUGGGUUCCGAGUGUGGACUGCUUCGGCUCUGAAGAGGAGGGAGCCCAACGGGCCAGGCACGGGCUUCCUCCUGGCUUUACCCGUUGGCCCAGAGUCCCCGGUCCCGCCGCCGCUGCCCUCUGCUCACGGGGACCGGCCAUCACCGCUCUCCCGGCCUCGGCUCGCCGGGGGCUCCGCUACGCAAUGCGGUGGAAGCGGCCUAUUGGAGCCGCCGUAGCGCGGGAAGUUUCCGUUGCCACGGAGAUGACCUCUGACCCUAGGGCGUCUCUGGGACCCGGCAGCUAGUGCUCUUGUUGCUAUGGAAACCAUGGCGGCCGGAAGCCGCUGGCCGGAGAGACUAGGCGCGCGGGUCGGGGCUAGGGCCCCUGCCCCAGCCGAGGUCUUCGCUCUUCCGUGGUGGCCGGGGACUGGGCAGUGAGCGGCCGGCUCUGCCACCCGCGGGGCGCGGGUUUGCAGGUCACUCCUCCGGCGUUGACGCGGGGGCACCCCAUGUGCACUGCUGGACCUGAGGGAUGGGAAAGCCACAGGUGGCUGCCUCGGCCCUCCCGGUCUGGCCUCGCGCUAGCGAGCGCUAGCUCUGGACCCGGGACCCAUCUGAAGGAAAGGUGUGGCAACUCCUUCCCAGUGGAGGAAGCGACUGUUCCAAGAGCCAGUUUUGGAAUUGUAGGCACAAACACAGAUCCCCAGCUCAAGGGUAUAGUGACCAGGUUAUAUUGCAGGCAAGGCUACUACUUGCAAAUGCACCCCGAUGGAGCUCUCGACGGAACCAAGGAUGACAGCACUAAUUCUACACUCUUCAACCUCAUACCGGUGGGACUACGUGUUGUUGCCAUCCAGGGAGUGAAAACAGGGUUGUAUAUAGCCAUGAAUGGAGAAGGUUACCUCUACCCAUCAGAACUUUUUACCCCUGAAUGCAAGUUUAAAGAAUCUGUUUUUGAAAAUUAUUAUGUAAUCUACUCAUCCAUGCUGUACAGACAACAGGAAUCUGGUAGAGCCUGGUUUUUGGGAUUAAAUAAGGAAGGGCAAGCUAUGAAAGGGAACAGAGUAAAGAAAACCAAACCAGCAGCUCAUUUUCUACCCAAGCCAUUGGAAGUUGCCAUGUACCGAGAACCAUCUCUGCACGAUGUUGGGGAAACAGUCCCGAAGCCUGGGGUGACGCCAAGUAAAAGCACAAGUGCGUCUGCAAUAAUGAAUGGAGGCAAACCAGUCAACAAGAGUAAGACAACAUAGCCAGAUCCUCACAGGUGUUGUGACUUAUUCGUCCUGAGCACAGUUGAGUGAUUUAUCCUCACCAGACAUUCCUGCUCCGUGGCUGAAGAGCAGCAGGAAGUAAGCUAAUGCUUAUUCUUUGCUGUCUCCGAACUUCUCUUGCAAGUGGAUGAAUCUCAACCUGUUGCGCCCCCCACAACAAGAAGACACCUGGAUAACCAGCUAAACUCAGACCAUGGAAUGCCCUACCAGAUAUGGAAUGCCUUUUUAAUAUCUUUUCUGUGACUGUGACACUUCAUGUGAAUGACAUACUUCACAAGUACACUCGAUACCUUGCCUGCUGACAGCUACCCAUAAUCCUUUUUGAGUCCUGUUUCAGCGAAAUCUAUGUGUUUAAGUUCAAUUUUGUAGCACACAAAUAAUAUUGAGUAAUUUCUAGUUAGACGCUGUAAACCUGUGCUAUUAUGGAUUUCUCUUCUUCCCAUUUUUACAGGGCUGCUCGCUCCACUGUCUGUGACUUUUGCAGGGAUUUUGUUCCUCUAAAUCUUAAAUGUUGCAGUUGGCUUAGGUCGGAGAGCAAUCAGGGAAUCAGGAAGCCUUCUAAACCUAUUAUUACAAAUUGCAUCUAUAAAGAUUAAGAUUGUUGUCUCUGGCUCACACUAUCGAUUAAACACACAUAUACGCUCUGUCCAGUAGCAGAUACUGUGCUCCCAAGGUCGGUAUUGCCUGGGUGGGAAAUGGCUCAAACACAAUCCAGGGAAGCUCUCUAUGAUAUGUGUUUGACAUCCCCCUCUAGUUUCUUUGUGUGUGUGUGUUUUAUACAUAUCACAAGCUUACUGGUAAUGGUAACAUUUGCCUUGCCCAGCGAGCAAGACCCACUGGUUUUUGAGAAAGUGGGUCCAAAGAUUUCUGUAGGCCUUGUAGGCCUGAUUAAGGUUCAUUUUUCAUCUAUUAAUUAAUUCUCAUUAUUUGGAAAAAAAAAAAAAAGGAAAAUAAUUACAACCUACCAGAAUUGCGCUACCUAAAUCCAUUUCAGAUAUACUCCGUCCUGUUUUUAAUGAACCAAACUUAACUUAACGCCAUCCCCGUUUCUGGCUGCGUUCCCCUCAUACUCAGCAGAGCAUGGGCAAGACGGCUGUUGUGUUCUUUCCUGCAGCAGCAAUGCAAACGUUAGUUAUAAAUUAGACUUUAAUAUUUUUGGUGUUUGUUUAAUGACAAAAGUUUUUAAACUGGACAUACUAGGAAAAAUAUUUUUUUUAGCUCAGCAUGCUGAGUCCGGUACUGUGUAUUUCACCAGUACAUGCCUCUAACUCAGCAUUUGGGGCUCAUGCUGCCCAGUGGCUGGGUUGGAGGUGCCUUGCCAUGAUCUCAGAAUACAGUCUGUCUGUUGAAUUAUCCUAGAUGAAAAUAAAGGCAAACCAACGCAUUCAUCCAUCAGGAUUUUGCUCCAUUCCAUUUAUUUUCUUUUGUUUUAUUUUGCAUUCUUAAUUUAUUUCCUUUUUAAUUUAAUACUGUUUGAACUCUGAGCUUAGGGAAGACAACUACCAAGAAAGGCCAGGAACAGUUGACUACACAGUGAAGAAGAUUCCAUGCAAAAUGUUCAAUAUUGGAUCUAAAGGGGUUCAAAAUGUUUCAUACUAAACUGUUUGGGAAUAUAUUUGUUAGUUAACUCUGUGUACACCUAAUAAAAUUCAAUGUUUUCUUCUCAGAAGAGUUGAGACCAAACUGAACCUCAUUUAUUGAAAAUUAUAUGUGGGAUCAAUGUACUGGCCUCUUGUUGUUCUUUCUAUGUGGGAGGAUGACCCAGUCAUCAUUUUCCCCAUCUGCACUGUAUUUAUUGGGAAAUUAUUUUGUCACUGCUUUCAUAAAUCUUCAUGACAGCCCUUGCCCAGCAUUAAAAAAUUCUGGCCUGCUUAGCUGAUUAAAGGUUUAGUAUAAAUUUAACUGUUUAUGCUUAUUUCAUUUUCAUAUUGGAUUCUACUUGAAUAAAUAAAAAGUUAG